UAAUGUCAGGGGAAAACAUAUGGCCCAGGAGAAAGCCGCUGGAAGCGAUAGCUGUUGAACUCCUCCGAGUUAUUUGCCCCGGUCGGUGCGAAGUGAGAACUUCCUCCCGGGAUGCCCUUUCGGGGGAUGCGGGGCUGAGCACAUGGCUGCCUCCCCUGGGUCUGCCCCGCAUCUGUCACAGCACCGCCUGCCACGGGGCCUGCCGGCGCCUGCUCUCCUUUCAGAGUACUAAUCUGACCUCAAGAAAACUUUUAACUGGGCGAGGGGAGGAGGCUGAUCCAAAGGCAUUGCUACGGGGAGCCUCUGGGAGUUCCAGGGUGAAGAGAUCUGCCUUCAUCUGGAGACCUCUGCUAAAGGUGAAGACCUCCUAACAGGCCAGACAGCCUUAGCAGGACCUCAGAAAUCGUAUAUCAAGAAUCCCCUGGAACAUUACAUUCCCCCGUUCAGAGCUUGGACAAGAGUUUGGCAUUCCGCUUUUGCAGAUCGCUGCCGGUAGCAGAGCGCAAAGGGAACGGCGAGACUCCCACAUCUUUCAGCGAGAAGAAAGGAGUCAGCGGAGCAGACUAAUACGGACUUGUAUCGGGUGCCCUUGCCCUACAAAGGCUGCCUUUAAAAGAGAAACGCAGUGUUAUUUAAUGAGCUGUGAGAUGAGGCACUGCUGCUAACGCUCAGAUCCCAGGAUUCAUCGGCUAUUCAUUGUGCUUAAUGUACAUGUUUCUGCACCGUGCAUUUAGGAGAUCCCAGAGAAGAAUCCAAAACGGCUGCGGGGGAAAGACCACCAAACAUGCCUACAGAAACAUUACCGACAGGUAGCAUGGUGAAGCCGGUCAGCCCUGCCGUGACUUUUACAUCCGCCGUUCCUCUCCGCAUCCUGAACAAAGGACCCGACUAUUUUCGCAGGCAGGCGGAGCCUAAUCCAAAAAGACUGAGCGCAGUGGAGAGGCUAGAAGCCGACAAGGCAAAAUAUGUCAAGAGCCAGGAGGUCAUCAAUGCCAAGCAGGAGCCUGUGAAGCCGGCGGUGCUGGCGAAGCCACCAGUCUGUCCUGCGGCCAAGAGAGCACUGGGAAGCCCCACCUUGAAAGUCUUCAGCAACAAUGCAAAGACUGAGAGUGGCGUCCAGAGGGAAAAUCUGAAACUUGAGAUUUUGAAGAACAUCAUCAACAGCUCUGAAGGCUCCAGCUCAGGUUCAGGGCAUAAGCACGGUCCCCGAAAUUGGCCACCCCACAGAGCUGAUUCAACAGAGCUGAACCGACACUCGUUCGCCGAAUCUUUGAAGGUUUACCCCACGCAGGGCCGUAGCAGCCCACAGGAGAGCAGCUCCAACGUCAGCAGAAGGCUCCUAGAUCAAUCAGCAGAGACUUUCUUGCAUGUCUCUCACAGCUCUUCGGAUAUUAGGAAAGUAACUAGCGCAAAGCCCUUAAAAGCAAUACCCUGCAGUAGUUCAGCCCCACCUCUGCCUCCAAAGCCCAAAAUCGCUGCCAUUGCCACCCUGAAAUCCCCAGAGAUUGAGGCAGUCGAAUCUGGAUGCGGAGUUAGUAGAAGACCCUCCCUACAGCGCUCAAAAUCAGACUUAAGUGACCGAUACUUUCGCGUCGACGCAGAUGUUGAACGAUUCUUUAACUACUGCGGACUGGAUCCUGAAGAGCUUGAAAACCUCGGGAUGGAAAACUUUGCAAGGGCUAACUCUGAUAUUAUAUCCCUCAACUUUCGCAGUGCAAGCAUGAUUAGCUCAGACUGUGAACAGUCUCAGGACAGCAACAGUGACCUUAGAAAUGAUGACAGUGCCAAUGACCGUGUGCCAUACGGCAUUUCAGCCAUUGAAAGGAAUGCCAGAAUCAUCAAGUGGUUAUAUAGCAUCAAGCAAGCUAGAGAGUCACAGAAAGUGUCCCAUGUGUGAGAGAGAAAUUCACCAUAGAAAAAGCAAGGACUGUAUCUUUGUCUGUGAAUAUUCAGUUUGUGAAGGGUUGUGAAGUCUACUUGAAGUCUUGUACCCUUCUCAAAUCUCUUUGUGUUGCUUGUUGUGCAAUGUUUCCAAGUUGCAUGCCUGUCAACAUGUGAGCUGACCUGGCUUCCACUUGAACAAUAACUAACUACAAAGCCUGGCUGAGCAUACACAUUAUCUGCCAAAAGUUUAAGACAAGAAUCUGAUUAGGGCUUCAGUAUAAUCAAAGUGUUUACAUGGAAAGGUUAUAUGACUUCUUUGGUAUUUAUGUGGUUCCUUGUGGAUUUUAUAUAUGUCACUUUCUGUCUUAAUACGGAUAUUGUCAACUGAUGUUACUAGUUUCUAAGUUGAAACAGAAUCCCUUUGAGGGGGGAAGAAAAGCAAAAUUGGCCAAAAAAAAGAGGUUUAGGCAUAUGACGAUAGGCAAAGCAGCCUUAUCUCUUGUAGAAAGAGCGUUAUUGGCACAUGAAAGCUGUUUCUAAAAGGCAAAGAAUGCUAUGUUCUUAAAUUAUGUAUCAUUGUUAAACUGUAUAUCCCUACUUGUAGUAAAACACUGUUCUGUAAAGGCUUCUUUUUUCUAGGUAAGCUCCCUCCGUUUUACAGCAGAAAUAGUCUAGUGAAUCUUCUUGACCUCUCAUAAACUAAAUGAGUCUUGCAUUUGGGUUGGUGGAAGCAUUUUUAAUGAUUUUGUAUUAUCCCUGUUGGAAAAGCUUAAAGAAGGUCGGAGUGAACAGACGGCGCAGGUGUGGGAUUUUGUGGGUUUAAUUUUUACUCAAAGAUUCCUGGUCUUAAACUUUUGACAGGAAUAAUUAGAUCCUAUAGCUGAUAUUGAAUGCCUUUAUUAGUCAAAGCACAUCAUGACUACAAACUCCAUGCUGUCUUUUAAUUUUUUUUGUAGACCUAUUUGAACAGUUAAUGAACAAAAAUGGAAACACACAGCCAUAUCAAUAUAACGCCUCCUAUUCAGAAGUAAAUACACUCAGUAGCCGAACUAUAUCUGAAAAAAUGUGAUUAUGUUGUCUUGCAUAUGUUAUAUCUAAGGCUGUGAGGGUUUGUUACAGCUCUAGGAAAGUGUAGAAACAUGACAGUAUGUAGCUUUUUUUCUUUUUUUUUUUUACCUCUUUAACAUGGUUAGUGCUGCAGAUCAACCUGUUACAAAUCUUUUGACAAUCUGUGUCUUCCCAGUGGUUUAAUGAACUGUCAUUUCAACUGACAGUGGUGGUGUGGUAGUCAAGAAGUUGAAAGUACAGUGGUCUGCUUCAUUAUUAUUGUAUACAUGCUUUGAAGUAAAUUGCAGCACUACCUUAUACUACAUCAGCUAAUAGGAAACUUUUUUAUUGUGUAAAUGCUGUAAGACUUUGUAUAUACUUUAGUUGUUACGAAAUCUUUAAAAGGAAGAGUGUUAUGCUAAUAAAUAGCUCCUGGUGCAGGUAUGGUAGGUUUUUUGUUCUUUUUUUGACCCCUUCCAUUCUUGAAACUAUAUCAGGAACUCAAUUGCAGUGUCUUUUAGUGCUGUAGAAGAUCUUGGUUAAAUAAUAGUUCCAGUAAAAGGUUUCUUUUACUAAAGUGCUUUUCAGAAUAUAACUUUUUAUAAAAUAACUAUAGCAGCAUGAUCUGUCUGAAGAACUAGAAGAGUUUUUCAAGACUCCUAAAAUAGCUUGCUUCUUCCUUACCUAGCAAUGUUACUGUUCCCGUUUAUAGCAUCUGUUCAUAAUGAAUCACUGCAGUCUUCUGAAUUAUUCUUCAGUAGUGCUUAUUUAUAUAUUUGAAUAUUAAAGAUAUUUUACAAAGUCGGGUUCUAUCUUUUCUCUAAGAAGCCUGUAGCCCAACUUCUUACAGCUACAGUUAAUGCAGGCGAGACUGGAAGUGGAGCCAUGUAGUCAUUUGUUGCCUAUGGAAUUAUCCCGCAUCCAGUUUUAAAUAAGUGUUCUCCAAAGGAUUGUUCAUGAAGGGGGGAAGCACACAUUCAGUUUCAGCACGCAUUCAGUUUCAGGAGGCUACUCUAUGAUUUUUACAGUUGACUUCACAACCUAAGACUUACAACACUCCUAGCUUGGACAAAAAAAAUGAGGAGCUCUGUAUUUCAGCUACAGGCACAUUUGUGACAUUUCAAGCUCCAUGGGUUUCAGUUGGCAUUGACAUCACACUGGUUUUUCAAGCAUAUUUUUCCAAUAGUAAGUUCUACUCAGUUCAGUGACUAUUUUGCCAAGGAAAAUAAUGCUUAAGGGAUUAAAGCCAAGUGUAAUGCAGCUGUACAGCAAUGAAAUAAAGAAGUUAAAACCAAAAUAAAAAAUGCACUCACAUUGUUCUCUCUCAAGUGUUUUAAGAAUGAUGAUAAACAUGCUAUCUCAAGUGUUAUCAGCCAAAAACAGUAAUAACGAAGCCUUUAUAACUAGAAAAUGGAUUAGAGCAUAUCCUAAUAUUAUGAAGUGGUUUCCCAAGGUUUGUUGGGAAGCCAUAGGCUCUUGAGAAAUCAAAUUCAUUUCCUUUUAAUCCACAAAGGGUUUAGGCUUGUGAGCUGUCUGUAAGAGAGCAUUUCCUCCCCUGAGAUCUUAGGCAGCACUUUGAAACAGCACUGGCUCUACCUCUGCUACCACUGCUUUUUACGAUGUUCACAUGAAUAAGACUUUAGAGAACCUACAGACUUUACAGGACCUUCACAGUCAGCUGAAGUUGCAACUCCGGUGAGAGUGCAAUAAUAGAAAUCAUAGGAUUGCAAAAUGUUCACAAGGCUUUGAACAAGCAGGUAAAAAUUGCCUUCGUUUGUCACUUUUUAUCCAGACAGGAUUUAUUUAUUUAUUUAUGUUCUCGCUAUUGCCUGUACAUUUGUGUAAAACCCAAAUCAUUGGUGUCUGAUCUGUUUUUAUAUUCAAAUGGGAAUAACCGUUUUGCCUUUGCAGACAGGUAAUCCUGUCAUGUUGAGAGAGUCCAUUAUUUGUCUUUGCCUUAGGAGAUUCCCAAGUGCUAAUAAUGUAUUCAUGGAGAGUUGUAACCAACUCAAGUGCUUCAUCAGGGAUCUGUUCUGAUCAUGUUCCUGCCGUGUCCAGCAGGCAUUUACCCAGGUACAAAGUGCACAGCAGGUCUUCACAGCUACACAACAGCUCUUGUUGCAGCUCUGGAGGGAGAUUCAAGUCUGUGGUGUCCUGUGAAAGCCAGUACUGAGCCUGGUGCUGGCAGUCCUGGCCACAGCAGUGAGGAAAAAUGCAGUAUGUCUUCAGUGAUUAGUAUGAAUUCCCACUCACACACACACAAAAGAAACCACCACAGAAGUUUAUGGUGAUUCUGUUACUUUGACUUGCCAGGGAGGGGAAGGGAGAGUAAAAUGAUGUGGCCAAGUACACUUUGAAAGCUGCAUACAGCUUUGCACAGAGAUAAACCAUUUGUCUGAGUGAAAGAGAUGGGCAUCAAAGUAAAACUGGUCUUUUAAUCACUUCAUAUUGUAUAGUAACAAUGUCAUGAAAGAUGAGAGAUAGAGGAUCUGUGCCACAAAUUUACUUUCAACAAAUUCAAGUACUGAAAUUGUCUCUUUUUUCUGAAUACUUUUUCUGCGAGGGAGUGCGUUGUGCUGCGAGCGUAUGCACCAUCUGAGUGACCGAGGGCUUUUGAAGGGUAAACACAAAAUGAUGAUGCUUUUGGCUGUAAUUCAAAAAUCAAAAGGCACACUCAGACAACAGAGCCAAUCAGUAUUGCUGACUUACCUCUUUUUGCAGCAGCCUAUCCAUCCGUGGAGGCCAUACGCACUUGAUUCCAGUCAUUCAAUGUAAAACAAAGUGCUUAAUGGAGCUCUGCAGUACAGAGCUGAAUAAUUCCAGUCUGUGGGAGAAUGGGAAGGGAACUAAACCUUAAAAAGUCUUUCUGAUAUCUUUUGAUUAUGGGAUGAUAAUGUUUAGUAUGUUGUAUUCAGAGCUCACUUGUUCAUAACAAACUUUAUUAAGCAGAGUAGUCUAACAAGUCUGGGAGGUUCCAUUUUUCCAAGGCUAUAAAACUCAUGUUCUGUGUGAUUAAUGGUGUCACACUAGUAGCUGAGCACAUUAGGCUUAGAAUAUAAGAGCUUUGUUCCUAUGAACAGUAAGGGUCCAUUGCCUGUUUUGGCAAUGAAUAUAAAUGCAGAUAUAAAUGUGCUAUACAGAAGAAUAAAUUGGUCAAGGUGUUUUGUCCUGAAUUAUAAUAUAACUCUAUACCAAAAUCCUUGUUAGCAAGGCUUAAACAGUCACUGAUAUUCUGAAUUCAUCUGACAUUCCUUGCUGUCAGCAGAAAGACACCAAUAAUCUGCCCUUUGAAAUAUGUCACCCAUAGCUUAAUGGGAAAGGCCAUUAAAAUUGUCUGUUCAGUGUAAGGACUUUUAUCUCCUGAUGCUGGCAUCUGUUAAGUGAACCUCUAAAUAAGCACAUUUCAGUCAGAAGUAGUAACCCCUAAAUGCCUUUUAUUUUUCUCCCUGGAAGCCCAAAUGGUGAUCAAUAGCUAUAUCCUACCAUUUGUUACACUUAUUGCAUUACUGUUAAAUACUCAGAUGCUCUCCCCUGGGCUGCAGUGCAAUCUAAAGUGGAGACACCUACACUGCACCAUCUGUCUUGCCCUGGUAGGUAUGAACAGCCUUCAAGCAUAUUUUACAUUUGAUCACGUAAGAAUUUGGUUGUGGCUGCCCAUCAAAACUGAGUAAUAAUAAGUAGUGACUU